UUUUUUUUUGUUGGAUAAAAAUUAAUUUUACAGAUUUAGAAUGAUGGAACUCAACUCUCUCUGGAAAGAUAUUCUUCAAGAACUACGAGAAAAGGGAGAAGUGAUUUCGGAGGCUAAAGAUAAGAAUAGAAUUUUGAGGAACCAGGAGAAUCAGCUGACUAGGCAAUCUGCUUCUAUUGUUAAAUCUAUAGGACAGCUGAAACAGUUGUUAAUGGAGAGUAGAGCUGUUUAUAUGCUGGGAGGAGGAGCAGGGGGGAUGUCGGAGGUAGAAAUGGAUCAAUUAGAUGUGAGUGCGGAUGAUAUUUGCCUUAAAUGUACUGAACUGAUAAAAGCUUUCAAGGCAGCUACAGCUAAACACAAGAUGUCAAAUUCUGGUCAGGAACAUUUUGGUAUGGUUGGGGUUGGACUGGAGGGAUAUCUUAAAAAAGUAAUAAGUAUACAUUCGGAAAUGCGAGCUGUAAGAUUGAAGAAGCAAAUUCAAUUGAAUAAUCUAUCAAAACUAGAGACAAAUUCCCGAGAGAGCAGAUUGCAUGAGAUACCAAGAAGACGACAAUCAGAAAUAGGUCUACAAGAGAAAGCAGUAACUGCUGCAGCGUUGGCCAAGAGUACAGCGUGGGAGUCCAGUGAUGAGGAGGAGGAAUUAAGGUAA